AUGACAAACUUUUUUGUGAAAACCCCACUUAUUGAGUACAAAUUUUGGUCCUCAUUGGCAAAGAAUUCGACAGCUAAGUUUCUACUGAAAUAUGAAUUUCUUCAGCCCAGCGGCAGUUUCAAAAGUAGAGGAAUCGGACACUUGAUCCAUAAACGAGUUAAAAAUAUCAAGAGUCUCAAAAUACCGCAUGUUUUCGCUAGCUCGGGGGGUAAUGCUGGUUUGGCCGCUGCUGUGGCCAGCCGCCAGCUGUCCAUUCCUUGUUCGGUUGUUAUACCAACAAAAACAAAGAGAAGGAUGAUAAAUAAAAUAAAAAAUACCGGAGCUUCCGUCAUAGUACAUGGAGAUCACUGGAAAGACUGUGACACAUUUCUGAAAGACAAUAUCUUAAAAGGUGUUGAUAGGUCUCUCAUUGAACCCAUAUAUGUUCAUCCCUUUGAUGAUCCUUUGAUUUGGGAAGGUCACUCGGGAAUUAUAGAGGAGCUCAUAGCUUCCCUAAAGGAGGCAGAUAUUUCCCUGAACCGUGUUAAAGGAAUUGUGUGUAGUAUUGGUGGAGGAGGACUUUAUAAUGGACUGGUAAUGGGACUGGAAAGAUAUGGCCUAGCACAUAAAAUACCAAUUGUUGGUGUGGAAACUAAUGGAUGCCAUGUAUUUCAUGAAUCAUUAAAAAAAGGAUCGCUUGUUGAGUUCAAGGAAAUCCAGACCAUCGCAACUUCAUUGGGCACUGCUAAUAUUUCCAGAGCUACGUUGAAUUUCGCAAAGAAGUACAAAUCCAAAUCUAUUGUUUUGAAGGAUUCAGACGUGUUAGAUACAUGCUUAAAAUUUAGCAAUGAUAAUAAUUUAAUUGUAGAGCCUGCAUGUGGUGCUGCAUUACAUAUAGGCUAUAAUCCAAAUCUGCUAACACAGGUUCUAGGACAGGAUCUUAGUUCAAACGAUAUUAUACUAAUCAUAGCCUGUGGUGGAUCUUCGACGUCCUUCAGUGAUUUAGAAAAUUUGAGAAAUCAUUUUAUCGCUGGGUAA